UUAAAAAUAAAAAUAAAAAUAGGAACAAAAAUCAUCAAGAACAAAUUCAUAUUGGAAUGAUAAAGAGAUAGAAUUAACUACACGCAUUAUUCAAUCCAUGUUAUCCCAUAAUAUAUCACCAAUAGAUUUAGGUGUAAUUUCUCUAUAUAAAGAACAAGCGGACAAGAUAUCUGAACAUUUAAAUAUGUCAAAUACAACAACUAAGAAAGUACAGAUAUCUACAGUAGAUGCAUUUCAGGGUGGAGAAAAAGAAAUUAUUAUAUUAUCGACAGUACGUACAAAUGAAAGUCAAUUCAUGGAUAAUCAACCACGUAUUAAUGUAGCCUUAACACGAGCUAAAAGACAUUUAAUUAUACUUGGUAAUCGUAAUUUAUUUAAUAUGAAUGAUUUAUGGUCUAAAGUGUUAUGGGAUUGUCAAGUAGUAAAUUAGGAUCCUCUAGGGUCCAAAAUGUCACGUGAUUACUUUUAUUCCAUUCAUCUUGAACUUGAUCCAAAUGAUUUAAUACGUUAACAGGAAGCUUCCAUUUGGUGGUUAUAGAAGGAUGAAUGUUACUUUUGCCAUCCAUGACAGUAGUUAUAAUAGGGGAUAAGGAUACU